AGCCACUCUCUCUCUCUCCUCCACGAAGUCCGAGUCCAGUCGGGGUUGGACUGCAAGCGCGAAGCGAGAAGUCAAGACGAGUCUCCAAAGGCGGACUGAGCUUUGUUUCCUCCUUUGCCCUCCUUCCUUCUCAUCGCCACCCACUCACCAUGCCACCUUUCCCCUCAAAUCCCUAUCCCUCAUCAUCAAGACGCUCCAAGGCUACCUUCAUUAAUCGUAUCAUCCCUUCAAUCCGUCGACAGCCAUUUCUCCUCUUUGGCCUCCCCUUUACCCUCACAAUCGUAACAGCCGCCUAUGGCCUCUCCUACCUUACUCAGACCCGCUACGAGUACAAUGCCACCAAGGUGUCGGCCCUGAGCAAAGAAGAGGAGCUUGGAAUGAAGAAGGACAGGAGAAAAAUCGACUUGAGGGAAGAGUACUUCAAGUUGGGCGGUGGUACAAGGAGUGGCGCCGGCCCUACCGCUGGACAAAGCGACGAGGGCGACGCCUGGGAGAAUUGGGAGCCCAAGCGUGUACCGCGGCCUGAAGGAACAGAAGAGUGGGGAGUUGGAGGCGGAAGUACAGGGUCUUACGUCGAGUCUGCGUCCAACACGCGCGACUACAAGGGCAAAAGGAGAGCGACGGGACCUAUUGCGGCUGAGGGGCCUGAGGAGGGCACGCCGCUGCCUGGCGGCAAUCGAGUCAUUAUCACAGAGAAGGGCGAGAGGCUGGUCAUUGGUCCCGACGGGAAGCCAUGUCGCUCUUGUUCGAGCAGACUUGCCUUCGCAGAUGCCAUGAGGGGCUCAGGCGGCGGUGGGUCCGCAGGCAAGACGGCAGGAGGCGUGGGGUUCGGCGCAGCAGCAGCAGCAGCAGCCUCAACCUCUUCAGCAGCUUCUUCGGACAGGUCAAUCUCGCAAGUGAAAGGUUGCCCGCCAGACGUCGAGGAGCUCGGUCGCUCCACGUGGGACUUCCUACACAGCGUAGCAGCCACCUAUCCGGAGAAGCCCACAGAGACCCAACGCUCAGCCCUUCUCUCCCUCCUCACAUCCCUGCCGGUUCUCUAUCCCUGUGGGUAUUGCGCCGACGCCCUGAGCGAAGACUAUGCUCGCCGAGCAGUGGAGAGACCCGCGGCUGGUACCCAGGGGAAGCCUCUGGAGAACAUGACUCUACAAGAGGCGACGGAGAGCAAGCGCAGCGCAGCGAGGUUCAUGUGCUCGAUUCACAACGAGGUGAAUGUGCGGCUGGGGAAGCCCGUCUGGAAUUGCGAUGACCUGGGCAGAUUGAAGAGGAGAUGGGAAGAUGGUGGGGAGAGGUGCUUUUAGCAGAGUAAAGGAGAGCUAAUCAAAGCCAAAUUUCAAGAGGCCACGCUAUGCUAAUUGCUAUUUGCAGGACGAUUCCGUGUGUAGAGAGGCAGAUAAGACGGCUAUGCGGGAGUGUAUGAUACAAGAUUUGAGGGUAAGAGAGGGAAAGGUCAAAGGUCCGGGCUCACGAACAUUAGCAAAGGAGCGCUUGUCCCACAACUGCUGCAAGGACGGCCAUCACGGCGAGCUGAGCAGCCAUCGCCUUGUGCUGCGCUGCCCCCGACGUUGUG